AUGGAAAGAAACGACGACACUUUGCAACCUUCGCAGCGCCAGCAGACUGGCCAAAGGGGAACGCCAAUGCGGCUAGCCGCCGUGCACCCACACAGCAACCUUCACACAAAGCACAUGGAGCACAUGGAGCACAUUGAUGUCGUGGGUCUUUUUGCUUUGUAUUCUGCACACCCCUCCCGGCGCUCUGGAAAUGGAGCACGCAUGCAGACUCCAACAUAG